AUGCCUGCCCCCGCACGCUCCGAGGGCGUCCCCAUGUUUACCUCCAACGAUUCUUCGAGUUCUGCGCGGGUUCGCAUAUAUGAUCGACUCAGAGGAGUCUUCCGUGGCGCCGACCCUCGAGUGUGCGUCGCUUUUUGGCUGUUUGGUCUAAUUAAUAAUGUCCUCUACGUUAUCCUCCUCUCCGCAGCACUCGACCUCGUCGGUCCGGAUGUCCCCAAAGGCAUCGUCCUCCUGGCGGAUAUAAUCCCCUCCUUCGGAACCAAGUUGAUCGCCCCGUAUUUCAUCCACGCGGUACCCUACUCGAUACGAGUCAUGAUCUUUGUAUUCUUGUCCGUCGUCGGGAUGCUGGUAGUCGCGCUGAGCCCGAGCUACACAGAUGGUGGAACUAUCUCGUCUAAGCUGGCUGGGAUCGUCCUGGCGAGUCUCUCCGCGGGCGGCGGCGAACUGAGCUUCGUCGGUCUUACACAUUUCUAUGGACCGUUCAGUCUGGCGGCAUGGGGUAGUGGAACUGGUGCUGCUGGUUUGGUUGGUGCCGGUGCUUAUGCCCUGGCGACGUCUACUUUGAACAUUCCUGUUCAGGCGACUCUUCUCGCAUCUGCUAUUCUGCCCGCGAUCAUGGCGCUGAGUUUCUUUGUAGUUCUGCCUCGAGAGGCCCUGCAGGCUCAGGGAACUGCUGCAGAUGGCUAUGUUGCGACAGGUCAGGGCGAGGAGCUAGAUGACGAUGAGGCAGAUGAUGAGGGCCAUGAGAUCGAGCCUGGUGAAGAGGAAGGACUCUUGGGGGUUUCUGUCCAUUCAGCUGACAAUUACAAGUCGGUUCAUAUCAACGAUUCGGCCUCUUGGUGGGCUCAGUUCUGGGCUAAUCUGCGACGGCUGAAGGGACUCUUCUUUCCCUUUAUGCUCCCGUUACUCCUUGUAUACAUCGCCGAGUACGUGAUCAACCAGGGUGUCAGCCCAACACUCCUGUUUCCUCUAUAUACCACGCCCUUUAAAAGCUUUCGCGCCUUCUAUCCGGCCUACAACGCCAUCUACCAGGCCGGAGUCUUCAUCUCCCGCUCCUCAACCCCAUUCUUCCGCGUCCACCACCUCUAUAUCCCCUCCUUCCUCCAAGUUCUGAACCUUGUCUUGUUGACUCUCCACGGAAUGUUCAACUUCAUUCCGAAUGUGUAUCUAGUCUUUGUGAUCAUCUUCUGGGAAGGUCUGCUGGGUGGCUUGGUAUAUGUGAACACAUUUGCGGAGAUCGCUGAUCGAGUUCCCAAGGAGGAUCGUGAGUUCUCGUUGGGUGCUACGACGGUGAGUGACUCGGCGGGAAUUUGUAUUGCUGGCUUCUUGAGUAUGCCGUGGGAGGUUUUGCUGUGUCGUUGGCAGUUGAGUCAUGGGAGGGAGUAUUGCCGGCAGGCUUAA